CGUUGCUUGUACUAACACAUGCAUACUCUAGAUAUUAAGAUCCCAUACGGUAAGAAAACUAUUAACAACUUUUACUCUAUAUAUUAACCUCAUCCGCCGGCCAUGGCCUCCGCCGCAUACUACGCCGGGCUCGUCGCCGGCACGCCACCUCCGCCGUGUCGCCCUGGCCGGCUCCGGCGGUGUCAGCCGCCGGCCAAUAACCUCGUCUCAUCAGGUAGAAGAAGCCAUCAAGCAAUUAGGGUCACCAAUGGAGUGAACAUGGAUGGCCGGGCAAAGCUUGCAGCCCCAGUUGCAGUGGUCACUGGAGCAUCUAGAGGGAUUGGAAGAGCCAUCGCUGUGGCUCUUGGCAAAGCAGGGUGCAAGGUGAUUGUGAACUAUGCCAAGUCAGGUAUGGAAGCUGAAGAAGUGUGCAGAGAGAUUGAGGAGUCCGGGGGCACCGCGAUCACCUUCUCUGCUGACGUCUCCAUCGAAGCCGAGGUCGAAUCCAUGAUGAGAGCCGCAAUUGACACUUGGGGAACACUAGACGUGCUGGUGAACAAUGCAGGGAUCACAAGAGACGCACUGCUGAUGCGGAUGAAGCGGACACAGUGGCAGGAGGUCGUCGACGUCAACCUCACCGGCGUCUACCUCUGCGCUCAGGCUGCGGCGGGGGUGAUGAUGAUGAAGAAGAAGGGAAGGAUCAUCAACAUCACCUCGGUUUCCGGGAUCAUCGGCAACAUUGGGCAGGCCAACUACUGCGCUGCCAAGGCCGGGGUGAUCGGUCUGACCAAAGCCAUGGCCAGGGAGUACGGCAGCAGAAACAUCAAUGUGAACGCCGUUGCUCCUGGCUGGGUGACCUCCAACAUGACCGCAAAACUAGGCGACAAUGUCGAACAGAAGGCUCUCGAGACGAUACCGUUAGGACGGUUUGGCAAACCAGAAGAGAUAGCCGGUCUGGUGGAGUUCCUGGCCGUCCAUCCUGCUGCAAGCUACAUCACUGGGCAGGUGCUGCCGGUUGAUGGUGGCCUGUCAAUUUGAGAAACAUCAGCAACAAAGUUCUGACUUGUAAACCAAGUGAAUGUAAUAGACUCUAAAGAUAUCACGAUGCUUUUCUUGAAAAUCAGCCAAGUGCACUGAAACUUAUGGUGCUUAUAAGCUAAAACUUGAAACUUAAAACUUAGUUUUGAAGUUGAUUUUAUGGUUUUUUUUAUCGUAGUUUAUUUUACAACAUUUGUUUUUGAAUCACUCAGGACACACAUAUAAAAGUACUAUAAGCAUAGAAACGAUGGUGCUGUUAAUUUUCUACUGAUCCGGACCUAUCAGAAAGAACGAGCACCUCAUUUCCGUAUCAUUCAGUUGGUGAAUCAGACAACUUAUGAAGAUCCCAAGAACUCGAGCAACACAAUUCCAAAAGAUCAAGCAUCACAAUCUCCAACUCGGCAACUCCUACCAAACAAACAUUACCAAAUUUGGCUUUCUUAGCAUCGGGACAAUUUAACAUAGCACUAGCUUCUGAGUUGUAACCCACCCAAACCUUGAAAAUUCAAGAGGUUUCUCCAUGACUUGAC